AUGGCGUCGCUUAUGAGCGACGAGCUUAAUGUGCAGGUGACGCAUACAUCCGGCAUUACCAAAGCACUGUACCUGCCCAAAUCCGCGCCCGUCGAGCGCCUUAUCACAGCUGGCGAAGACCACCUUGUGCGUCUUCUUCCUAGCGAUGCCGCGGCGUCGGACAUCAAUCCUGUAGUGAUUGAGGAUGCUACCAGGCCUAUGACAUGGAUUGAUGCUGACGAAAACUACCUUGUGACGGCGUCGGAAGAUGGCUCUGUGCGACUGUACGACAACCAAGCUUCCGGUGCUGAGAUCACGCCGCUGCGUAUUGUGCGCCGCGAAGUCCUUCCUGUGCGGUGCGCCGCAUUGGAAGGCAAAGGAAGACUAGGUGCGCCGCGCAUAGCCGUGUGUUCAGACGAGCUUAUUGUACGAGUCGUGAAUGCAGACGACCCCAGAAGCAUUACGCUUCUCACAGGUCACACGCGCGGCGUCCGUGCCGCAAGCUGGAGCCCUGUUUGGCCGCUUCUGCUCACGAGCGGAAGUGAUGGCGAUGUGCGUGCGUGGGACAUGUCUGGCAACGAACCACGCUCGAUAAAGGUGCUCCAAAACAUUCUGCCUGCUUUGCGCCCCGAAAGUGAGUAUACGUCUUCGGCAGCGUGGCACCCGUCCGGCGCUGUAAUUGCGAUUCCACUCAAGACACACGAGAUUGUGUUGGUGCGUGCGCCUUUGCACGCCGGGGAAGCGAAGGCCGACGGCGUGUGGGAGACAGUCGCGACGCUGGGCCCAGCGACUGCCGCUGCAAGUGCCGAGCUUAAAGCCGCGCACGGCCUCGUCUCUGCGCUUGCAUUCUGCCCAAAUGGGCGCUACCUCGCUGUGGCCACGGAAGACUUGCAAGUCACAAUCUAUGCCUUGGACUCGCGCCGGAUUAUCCGCGCGCAGCAAGCCGAAGCCGUCGUGACGGACGUGACGUGGCAUCCGACGCAGGAUGCGCUCGCAUGGACAGACAUGCAAGGCCAGCUUGUGCGCUGGGACGCUGUCAUUGGAGCGACGCUGCCGAGCCCUGUUGAGGAGCUGCAUUUCCAGGGCGCGGUGCGCGACACGGAAUCCGACACCGAGUCCUUGCACCACGACCUGGACGACCUGUUUGACGAUACUGUGCUGGACAAUGACCAAGACGCACCGGUGCCUGCGCGCAAACGCAACCGUGCGAAUGCAGACGAGGGGCUUGUUCAGCCUCCAUUCCAGCCCGCCUCGACGCCCAUGAUCGCCCAGCGGCGCUACCUGUGCGUAUCGCCGCUGGGAGCAUUGUCUGCAGCCGAUCAAGACACACACCAGACGAUUUCCUUUGACUCGUACGAUACCUCGCAGCGCCGCAAUUUCCGCUUUACGGAUAAUUACGGGUACAAAAUGGCUAGCAUGGCCGCCCAAGGCGUCGUGUUUGCCUGCGAGCAAGAGUCUGGCAGUCCCAGCAGUAUCUUUUACCGCCCGUUUGACGAUGUGCCUGGCAUCCAGGCAGAAUGGAGCGUUCACCUCCCGCACGAUGAAAAUGCUGUUGCCGUAGCCUUGGGCGGCGUUCCAAACGUUGGGUCCCUCGCCGAUGUCCACGAAGCUGGAUCCAUGGUCGUCGACGAAAGCUAUAGCUCCGCCGCCACUGCUCUGGUCGCGACAUCGCGCGGCUUUUUGCGUUUUUUUGGGCACAGUGGCAUGCAGCGCUACGUCUGGGCUUUGGGGCAUCGCGUCGUUACGCUUGCUGCGAGUGCACACGCCGCCUUGGUCGUGUACGAAAGCGCGCCUGCAACGGACCGAAUUAUGCUCGAGUACCUCGUCAUUGAGCUUGCGCAGCUGACGCAGAUGCAGCACGGCAGUGUACCGCUCCCUUCUGGCGCAACACUCGCAUGGGCGGGCUUCAACGAGCUGAACGUCCCUGCGCUCUAUGAUUCCCAAGGGAUGGUAUACAUACUCGACCGCGCCUGGCGUCCUGGCCAAGCGCGGUGGGUCCCGGCACUGGAUACACGUGUCUCUUUGCAGUCGAAUGAGCCGAGCGCCGCGCCGCGCGUGCAUUGCUGGCCGAUUGGCAUCACGACCACCCAGCUGCUUGGCCUGCUCCUCCCAGUCGCCCAGCGCUACCCCAGCACGGGUACACGCCCCCUCGUCCAAGAGCUUGCACUUGCGCUGCCUUUUGCACAUCGAGAUGCGUCUGCGACGCCGCUCGAAGAGGCUGCGCUGCGGCAUGCGCUGCUUGCGAAUGCGACGAGAGAUGCGCGCGCUGCGCUGGGCGAGUCUUCGCUCUGCGCAGGCACACUCGCCGAGCCUGCCGCGCUCGAAAUGGAGGCAGACAAGGCGCUGCUGCAGCUGAUUCAGCUCGCGUGCAAAGGCGAUCGAUACGCGCGAGCCUUGGACGGGACGCGUGCCUUGCACUCGGAGGCUACGCUCGACGCCGCGCUCAAAAUUGCCUCUUUCUUCCACUUGCCCGCAUUGGCCGACCGCAUGGAGCUGGUCCGCGCGCCGCUCGCCGUGCACAAGCAGUUUGAGGAGGAGGAAGUGGAGCGUGGGACAGGCACCGAUGCGCUGCUGCGGAAUACAGUGCGUGUGCAAGUGCCAGCGCCGGCGCCGGCAUCGGGAUCGCGUGUGCAAGAGAUGCCAGUGUGCGACGCGGUGCCCGAGGCGCCGCGCACAAGCGCUGCAUUGCGGCAGUCGGCGCUGGCCCAGGAAGGCCACGCGCACAAACGAGUGCACGACACGCUGCCCUCGGUGCCGAGCAGUGCCGUGGAGGAGAGCGAGCUGGAGCCAGUUUCGAGUGUGCCGACAAUCGCGCCGAGUGUGCCGACAAUCGCGCCGAGUGCGCCCAAGACGAAUCCAUUUGCACGUACGCACUCUGCGCGAAACUUGGAAAAGAGCCAGUCAUUCUUUGACCGAGCAGAGGCGCCGAAGCGCAAAGCAAAUGAAGAGGAGAGCGGCGCGGAGAAACGCUCGUCGCGCCAGUCGACACUAGCCAGCUUUGCAUACAGCCCAGACCCGUAG